AUGAAGCUGGCGCGGGCCCUUGCGGUCGGCGCCGCCGUCCUGGCCGUGGCGCCCUCGUGGGCCGCGGCCGGCCGUCUGAAGGGGGAGAGGACGUCCCGGCUGCCGCACUCGGGGCAGCUCCUGAGCGGCGGAGUCGUUCUGCGGCGCCGCGGGGACGGCGCGGCGGCUGCCGCGCGGCGGGCCCUGGAUGAUGCUCCAGAGGUGCACUGGAGCCGGGCACUCCUCGACACAGGUGCCGUGGCGAUGGGGGUAACGCUUGCCACGGUCGGGCUCAUCGUCUUCUGCGCCAUGAGCGGGCAGAAGGCGUCGGCCCAGCAGCCGUCCGACGCCGACGACACCGGGGGCGCCCUGGCGGUCGGCGAGGCAGGCGAGGGCAGCAGCAGCACUCUGGCAGUCAGAGAGGUCGAGAAGGAAGCGGCGAAGAAGUUCAAUUACGAGGAUCUGCUUCGAGCCAUGAUGAUGUGUGCCGUGCACGCGGCGGGGCCGAAGGUGACAAAGGGGAUGAAGGCCAAGAGGGCCCUGGAGUCAAGGGUCGCCGCCAUGGGCUUCAAGGCAAGGAAGUUCAUGGUCGCUGAGUUCAAGAGCAUCGCAGGGACUGUGCUUAAAGAGCUUCAGGCCGAGGAGGCGAUGCUUCUGCUGGACUGGGAUCAGGCGGUGAAGAACAGCUACCCCUCGAUUUCAGUCUUGAUGGCGGGUACUGCCUCGCCAGUCGUGUUGGCCAUCAGCUUCUACUUCCACAUGAUUCAGAUCAUCGUCAUGUUCGUCCCCCUCGUCUUCCUCUCCGCGUGGGCCAUCUACGCCGACCGGAACUCGGUGUGCGCAAUCCCGACCAUCUACUUCUGGAUCGUCAGCCAGGCCGUUCUCUGCUUUGUGCUCAUCUUCGCGCACGGGGUCUCCGCCUACAGUGUGCAGAAGGGGGGCCGCGAGCUGCUGCAGAAGGCCGCGGCCUCGCAGAAGGCGGUCCAGCAGGUCCGCCGCAACGAGGGCGAGCUGACUGCCUCAGAUCUGCAGCGCGCCUUCAUCCACAACUCCACCCUCCUGCAGCACGGCCUGGUGGUCGAGGACCGGUUGCGACGGUCUGCCGCCUUCACGGUCGUGGGCAUGGGCACCUUCCUGUGGAUCAUCCUGACUUUGUGGACGUUCGUGCUCACCGUCGGCUGGACCGUCUUCCCAGGCAUGGUCGCCUUCCACCCGAAGGCCGCCGGCGUGGCGCCCGCGGACGAGUUCUGCAGCGCCCUGGCCACGGUCUUCACCGCGCGCCUCUCGUGCGUCCUGGCCUUCCUCUUCAUCCUGAUCAACCUGAUCCACUGCUGCAGUUCGUUAGCUUCCGGCUCGUGGACAACCGCGGGUACCGCCACGCGAUGCUGA